GAUCUCCGAGAAAGUUGAAUUCAGUUAGGUUUUGACAUCGCAACGCGUAGGUACAGUGCAACGGGUAGCAACGGGAAAGCGGGUUUAUUGCAGGAUAGAACGGACCGAGAAGUACAGAAAAAAAUUAUAUAAAACGAACUAGCAGACGAUUUUUUACAAAAUUCACCCGACCAAGAAACCAAAAACAAAAGAAAUUUAAAAAAGGAAAACCAAACCAAAAAAGUUAACAUUGUGUUUAUGUUUGAGUUAUUGUUAUUGCCAAAAAGUUAAAGCGAACGUUGUUUAUGAGUCACUAAGACCGAUCCCAAAGAAAUCGUUACAUUUUCGAUCGAAGAUCCCCGAAAGAGUCACAAAAGUUCACACGAGAAUGUCGUUCUCCAAGGCCAAGUUAAAGCGUUUCAAUGAUGUGGACGUGGCCAUCUGCGGCUCGCCGGCUGCCUCCAACAGCUCGGCGGGAUCGGCGGGCAGUGCCACGCCCACAGCAGCUGCAGCAGCGGCUGCGCCCACCGUCCAGCCUGAGCGCAAGGAGCAGAUCGAGAAGUUCUUCAAGGACGCCGUGCGCUUUGCGUCCAGCUCAAAGGAGGCCAAGGAGUUUGCCAUUCCCAAGGACGAGAAGAAGUCCAAGGGCCUCCGCCUCUUCCGCACGCCCUCACUGCCGCAGCGCCUGCGCUUCCGUCCGACGCCCAGCCACACGGAUACGGGGACCAGUGGCAGUGCCAGUGGGGCCUCCACGGCCGCAUCCACGCCUCUGCACUCGGCGGCCACCACGCCUGUAAAGGAGGCCAAGUCCGCCAGCCGGCUAAAGGGCAAAGAGGCGCUGCAGCACGAGAUUAGGCACAAGAACGAGCUGAUCGAGAGCCAGCUGAGCCAACUGGAUGUGCUUAGGCGUCACGUGGAGCAGCUCAAGGAGGCCGAGGCCAAGCUGCGCGAGGAGCACGAGCUGGCCACUGCCAAGACAGAGCAGCUGAUCGGGGCCCUUACCGAAGAGAACCUUUCGCACAAGGCCCACAACGAGCAGCUCAGCCAGGAGCACUCGCAUCUCCUGGAGCAGUUUGCCGCCUUGGAGCAGCAGUUGCAGCAGCAGCGCGAGGAGCACGAGCGCCAGGUGGACACGCUGAUCGCCGAGAGCGAGGCCCUGCGCCUGGCCAACGAACAGCUGGUGGCGGCCAGCGAGGAGCGCCAGGCGGUGGAGCAGCAGCUCCAGGAGCAACUCUCUGCCCUCCAGGCGGACGUUGCCCAGGCCCGCGAGCACUGCAGCCAGGAGCAGGCCAAGACGGCCGAGAACAUUGAGCUGGUCGAGAGCCUGCAGCGGAGCAACGCCACCCUGCUGGCCGACGUUGGCCAACUGAAGCAGCAGAUCGAACAGGACGCCCUGGCCUACGGACUGGAGGCCAAGAGCAGCCAGGCGGAGCUGGAGUGCCUCAAGGUGGAGCGCAACACGCUGAAGAACGACCUGGCCAACAAGUGCACCCUCAUCCGGUCGCUGCAGGACGAGCUGCUGGACAAGAACUGUGAGAUUGACGCUCACUGCGACACCAUCCGGCAGCUGUGCCGGGAGCAGGCUCGCCACGCCGAGCAGCAGCAGGCGGUGGCCAAGGUGCAGCAGCAGGUGGAGAGCGAUCUCGAGGGCGCCGUGGAGCGCGAGAAGAGCUACUGGCGCGCCGAGCUGGACAAGCGCCAGAAGCUGGCCGAGAACGAGCUGAUCAAGAUCGAGCUGGAGAAGCAGGACGUGAUGGUGCUGCUGGAGACCACCAACGACAUGCUGCGCCAGCGCGACGAGAAGCUGCAGAAGUGCGAGGAGCAGCUGCGCAACGGCAUCGACUACUACAUCCAGCUGAGCGACGCCCUGCAACAACAGCUGGUGCAGCUCAAGCAGGACAUGGCCAAGACGAUCACUGAGAAGUACAACUACCAGCUAACGCUUACCAACACCCGGGCCACCGUUAACAUCCUGAUGGAGCGGCUGAAGAAAUCGGACGCGGACGUCGAGCAGUUCCGCGCCGAGCUGGAGUCGGUUCAACUGGCCAAGGGAGCGCUGGAGCAGAGCUACCUGGGCCUGCAGGCGGACGCCGAGCAGCUGCGCCAGCAACUGGCCGAGAGCCAGGAGGCGCUCUCCUCGCUGCGCUCCUCCUCACAGACGCUGCAGGGCGAGGUAUCGUUGAAGGAGUCCAUGCUCCACGAGCUGCUUGCCGGCGAGGCUGAGACGUUGGCCAAAUUCAAUCAGAUUGCAAACUCGUUCCAGGAGCGAAUCGACGGCGACGCCCAGCUGGCCCACUACCAUGAGCUGCGCCGCAAGGACGAGACCCGCGAGGCCUACAUGGCGGACAUGAAGCGGGCGCUCGACGAGUUCGCCACCGUGCUGCAGUUCGCCCAGCUGGAGCUGGAUAACAAGGAGCAGAUGCUGGUGAAGGUUCGCGAGGAGUGCGAGCAGCUCAAGCUGGAGAACAUCGCCCUCAAGUCCAAGCAGCCGGCCUCGGCGGCAGUUCUGCUGGGAACGCCCGGCAAGGCCAACCGCUCGAACACCACCGACUUGGAGAAGAUCGAGGACCUGCUGACCGACACCGAGCUGCGCUCCGAGUGCGACAAGAUCACCUCUUGGCUUCUAAACUCCUCGGAGAAGUGCGUGCGCCAGGACAGUAGCAGCGAGAUCAGCGAGCUCCUCGCCUGCAAGUCUUCGCCCCGCCCCGCUCCGCGCACACCCAAGGCGGCGCCCCAGACCCCGCACACUCCGCGCAGCCCGCGCACGCCACGCACACCGCGCACUCCCAAGUCCGCCGCAGGAAGCACGCCCAAGAAGACGGUCCUGUUCGCCGGCAAGGAGAACGUGCCCAGUCCGCCCCAGAAGCAGGUGCUUAAGGCGCGCAACGUCUAGGCCCAUUCUAAAUAUCCGUACCAUCUACCACAUAUUGUUCUAUUUAUAAAUUAUAUAAAUUAUACCUUAGCUAAGAUCUGAUCAGAAAUAUAUUCCAUGCGACAAGAACGUGGCACACAAUUCAGCUCAAGUUGUUUUUGGAAAUGUCCUUUAGACUUUGCUUGACUGACACUUAAGUUUCUUAUAAAUAGAGGUAUAAAUCCUCUAAAGAAUUUCUUAGCCUAGUUGUAAAUUGCCGAAUUUUUGACCCUUUGACUUACAUUUUAAAUAUUGAAUCAGUUAUACUUUUAAAAAGGAAAUUUAUCUGCUUAAAGAGGCAUCUCUCCUUAAUUGACAUCUAUUAUUCCUACGGAAAAUGUAUGACGUUUUAUUAUUAUCUUUAAGUUCUAGAAAAUUUAUAGUUUCGCCCUCCCCUUAACCGGAAAAUAAAUGUAUAAUCAACGAAAACCUA